CGUCACGUGACCGUCCGGAAACUCGGGUGACUGAGGUGAGGUGGCGGAGCUGAGCGCUGGGCGGCCGGGAGGAGCGAUGCGGGGGCAGCGGCGGCGGCAGCGGCAGCACCAGCACCAGCUGUUAACUAUGGGUGUUGGACAGGAAAGAUGAUCUAAAUCAUUUGCCUUCUAAGCAUUAAGAUCAAGGCUGAGGUGAAAAGGACAGGAAGAAAGCAUGGCUGGGCCUAAUACUUUACAAAGUGGGUCUUGGCUAUCCAGAUUCACUCAACAUCAUGUUGUUGUAUUCCUUCUCACUUUCUUCAGUUAUUCACUUCUUCAUGCUUCAAGAAAAACCUUUAGCAAUGUGAAAGUCAGCAUUUCUAGCCAAUGGACUCCAACAUACUUAAACAAAACUGCCGUGAACCUGGAGCCUGCAGAGCUUUGGGACAGCAGCCAUUUAUUCCCAAAUGCUGAGGAAGCAACCCUUUUCCUAGGGACACUGGACACCAUUUUUCUCUUCUCUUAUGCUGUGGGUCUUUUCAUCAGUGGUAUAAUUGGGGAUCGGUUUAAUAUGCGAUGGGUUCUGUCUUUUGGCAUGUGCUCCUCUGCAGUAGUGGUAUUUUGCUUUGGCACCCUUACAGAAUGGCUUCACUUCUAUAACAAAGGGUUCUACUGUUCCUUGUGGAUUUUGAAUGGCUUGCUACAAUCCACUGGUUGGCCAUGUGUUGUUGCAGUUAUGGGCAACUGGUUUGGGAAAGCUGGACGUGGAGUUAUUUUUGGGCUCUGGAGUGCUUGUGCCUCAGUGGGCAACAUUUUGGGAGCAUGCCUAGCAUCUUCAGUCCUGCAGUAUGGGUAUGAGUAUGCCUUCUUGUUAACAGCAUCAGUACAGUUUGCUGGUGGAAUAGUUAUCUUCUUUGGGCUUUUGAUAUCUCCAGAAGAAAUUGGUCUUCCAGGGAUUGAGGAAGAAGAAGGUUCUGAAGAUGACCCUUGUAGACCAUUGAUUAACAAUCCUGACAGCGAGGAUUAUGAGCCUAAUUAUUCAAUCCAAGAAGUCAGUACAGUUCAUCAGCCCAAGGCAAUCAGCUUUUACCAGGCUUGUUGCCUUCCUGGAGUUAUCCUGUAUUCUCUGGCCUAUGCCUGCUUGAAGUUAGUGAAUUAUUCCUUCUUCUUCUGGCUGCCCUUUUAUCUGAGCAACAACUUUAAAUGGAAAGAGGCUGAAGCUGACAAGCUCUCCAUUUGGUAUGAUGUUGGAGGAAUUAUAGGUGGAACGUUACAAGGCUUCAUCUCUGACAUGCUACAGAAGAGAGCACCGGUGCUAGCUGUGAGUCUGCUUCUGGCAAUUGGGUCCCUGGUUGGAUAUAGCCGAUCUCCAAACAAUAAGACUAUUAAUGCACUUCUAAUGGCUGUUACAGGGUUUUUCAUUGGAGGACCCUCCAAUAUGAUUAGUGCUGCUAUUUCUGCGGAUUUGGGUCACCAGGAGCUGGUACAAGGGAGCAGUGAAGCUUUGGCCACAGUUACAGGAAUCGUUGAUGGAACCGGGAGUAUUGGAGCAGCCAUGGGCCAGUUUUUAGUGUCUUUGAUUCAAGAAAACCUAGGCUGGAUGUGGGUUUUCUAUUUCUUCAUUUUAAUGACAAGUUGUACAGUUCUGUUCAUCUCACCAUUAAUAGUAAGAGAAAUAAGAUCUCUUGUGCAAAGAAGAUAAAACACAUGUUGAGUGGAUAACCAUUGCCCCUGGGAGAGAGGCUGUUGUAGAUAAAACAACAGGACACAAACUGGACCGUUAUUUUAUUUUAAUUUCUUUUAAGUAACCAUAUUUGGAGGAAGUUAGGUGGUUGGUGGGUUAGACUGCUGGACUUGGAAUCAAGAAGACCUGAGUUCUAUUCCUGCCUCAGACUCGAGCUGUAUGACCCCAGGCUCAUCACAUAACCUCUGUCUGCCUGCCUUUACCUCCCAGGAUUGUUGUGAGGAUUAUUUAUUAUGUAAGGUGCUUUUUGAAUCUUAAAGCACUAUGUAAAUGGUAGCUAUCAUCAUCGUUGUUGUUGUUAUUGGGGGAAAGGGAAAUCAUCCAAAAUGACUUAACAUAAAACUUGAAUUAAGCCAAAUCCAGCAUUCAGCACUAUCAGCCACUGGAGAAACAGACUCGGAGCAGCCACAGGGCAGAGCAACUGUUACACUACAAGAAUGGACAGACUGGCCUCAACAGCCGCAGGAUGGGCCAUUUUCACUCUCGUGCUCUUCUGGACCCUGUUCAAGUUUAUACCUGCCACCUUGAUUGUUGCGUCUGUUCUCCAGCAAACAACACUAAACCUUGAGCUUUCAGAUUGAGAAGGUGAAGUGAAGAUGAGGAGCCCCGACUUUAUUUCAGUGAGCUGCUUCAGCCAUGCUGUUUGUCCAUAGUGGCAGUGAACUGAAGGAAUAAGUGAUUCUGGAAGCAUUCUGUUCUGAUCAAGUACAUGAGUUGGACUUGGGAACUGUUUUAAGCCUUCCUUGGUUGAAAAAUUCUUCUGGCAUUUCAGUUCUUAGAGGAAAUGAUACAACUUGCUUAAUAACUUAACCAGCUUUCUAGCUUUAAUUAAUUCUUAUGGCCACCCUUUCAAUCCACUUGGCUUCAUUAAGCAUUACUUUAACUCCUGGAAGUACAGAUUAGCCUUCCUUUUCAAGGACUUAUAAAAGAUACAUUAAUUAUCUUGGACAUUCCAAAAUAUAACUAGCGACUGAAGUAUGUAGUGGCCCAAAUUUGCUGCCAGGGGACUUUAAUAACGAAUGUAAAUUAGUUAGAAUCCUUAGCCCUAUAUUGGGAGAUUGAUCUCUGUUCCAGGUAAGUUCCCUGCACCAUCUCAGCAAAGAAUCAGAAUUGGAAAGGAGGUCGGGACUUAGUGGUGGGAGGGAGCAUGUGACAACUGAGAAAUAAGGUUAGAAAAGUGGUAAGGUCUGAGAGGCAACUGUUUUGUAGAAAAAUGAAAACCAUCUUCAAGAACAUGGAUUCUAUGCUAGUCACCAGCAUUAAGGUCAUUGUGUGUGUGGGGGGGGGGUUAGAGUAUGUAAACUAACUAGCUGGGGGGAAAGUGCAAUUUUUGAGGUAUUUAUGAUUAUUGGAUUGGUUAGGGAGCAAUUUUCAGCCUCCUUAUUUUCUGUAACAUGUUAUAUUUAUGGACUUGGAGAAUCACUUCUAUCAACCAGAUUUCUAAUCACUUUGUUUAUUGCUGACAAAAAGGGAAACCUUCUUAGUGAGCUAACAAGGGCUGGAAGUCAUGGGAAGAGAAAAAUAUACUGACAUAUAUUUUAAAAAAUUUUCAGUUCCAAAUUCUCUCUUUCCCUCCAGCCUCUCCCCCACUGAGAAGGCAAGCAAUACUAUACCCAUUAUACGGGUCAUGGUUUUUGUAUUUUUUUUUAAGUAUGUAAAUUUUUUUAAAUUUACAUAUGUUAGCAUUUCAUUGUGUGAUCUGUAAGAAUUAGAAUAUUAUUAGUGCCUUAAGAUUUCCCCAGAUAUUGAAUGUUGGCCAGUGAUGGCUCUCUAAUCCUGCGGUACUGGAAAGAUUCAUGGCUUCUCCACUUACUAAAGACAAGUGAUGGCCUCAUUUCUGUUAUGUUGUUUGAGAGCCCUCCCUCUCUGCUUUGUCUAAUAUUGGGCCUAUUUUCAGCUAAGUUUAGAUAAAUUGAAUACUUUGAAUUUAAUUACAGGUAGUAGACCAAGCUCAGUUUAAUCUUCUUUCUGCAUUUAAUGUAGAGAGGGGUUUUUUUUUCCCCCUGAAUAAUCUAUAUUAUUUCAGGACUCACUUUAUCCCUUAUUCUGUGUACUUCUGAUCCACAUGUGUCAUUAAGAGUUUUUCAUCAUGAUAUGAAAUAACUUAUUUCAACAUAUACAAUCUAAAAUGGGAGAUGUUUUAAAGAACGUGUUUAUGUAUGUGUACACACGCAUGCACACGUGUGUGUACACAUGCAUAUAUACAUGGGUAUGUGUAUAGAUUUAUAAACAUACGUAUGUGUAUAUAUACAUGUACAAAUAUACGUGUAUGUAUGUAUAUACCUUUUACUUCCUAGUUUAUAUCCCUUAAGGAAAUGUAGCAUAAUAGAGGCCAAAUAUAAAAUGCCUUCAUCCUUUGCUAUACAGCAAAAUUAUUGAAACAAAACUCCUAAUUUUUUUAUUUUUAAAAAUCUGAAGCAACUUUGGUUUCUUCAAAGGAUCAGAUAGGGGAACAUUCUGAUAAUGUUGAAAAAUGAGGUCACAUGAAUAAAUUUUUUAUAAGAAAUGAAAUUGGUAUUUGUGUUUAUUCCCUGAGAAAAUGAAGACUCUUCUCUGAGUUCAUCAGUUUCCCUCCCCUCAACACACAUCCCUCUUCUUCUUUCCUCUUAGCUUCCCAAUAGUUUUAGAGGAAGGCAGUGUCCUUUUUCCUGCUUUCUUUUUUUUUUUUUUAAUAUUUAUUUAU